AUGGGUUGUUUCGAACUGGAAAGGCAUAAGAAUCGGAUCAUAGUGGAUUGGAUUUUGGGCAUUCCAGCUGUUAAUUCUAAUAAUGAAUGGACUUCUAUUCUUCAAAGGGAUUGCAGAGGCCGGGCCAACAUCUACUCUAAGCAGGCCAAGGCCCAAGCUCCUUGUUUCAAGAGUUUACGGCCAUUGGUCAUUUGUCUUACAGUCGUCCCUGCGUUAAUCAAGAGAUUUCGACAGCAGGGAGAAGUUUAUAAUAUUCAAAAGAUAGUUAGUAGUAUCUACAAGGUUCAAAACCCCAAGUAUUGGUUUUGGUUGAUGGGAACAUCCAAGGAAGAUCAGAAAUAUGAGGCAAAUCAAGAAUAUUCGGAGAAGAUUGUGAAGACAUACAUAAUAUGUUUGUGGUCAUUUUUGGUGAGUCUGGCAGGAGCAUUACUACUGCUUUGGUGGGAUUAUGAACAUCACCCUACAAAUAGUCAGCUGUGGAUGGUGCCCUUUGGUCUCAUUCUGUUUGUUACUCCGGUAAUUGCUUGGUUCGCCGCCGUCGUCUCCGAAACAUGUAAUUAUAAGGUAGAUGAAGAUGAUGAUAACUCUCAGAAAACGAGUGAAGUUGUUUAG